ACGCGUACAAAUAAUUGGGAGGGCGCGGAAUCCACACCGUCACGUGUAUUUACGCCCCCAGUGGAAUGAGCCAAACACCUAAGCAUCUUCACCUUUCACCACUGCUUCAACCUGCCUUGUGCUUACGGACACUCACUUUCGCCCAUGAACGCCCUCGACUUCUCAGGUUAUAAGCUCGACUUCAGGCCAUUGGGACAACGCACUCACCUACUGUGCGUGCUCGUCACCAAGUCCCGAAUGCGCGACAUCGAAUUCAUUAUAGAUGCAGCAAAUGAAAAACGACGGAUCCCAGACCAGCAACCUGAAGUCUACAGACCAUCACUAGCCACUUCCCAACCCGUCUCCUACAGUCAGUCUUGGACGUUUCGCUAUGAGAUACGCGCCUCUUCACCGCGCGCGGUGCUCGUAGUUUAUAAGGACUGCGCUUCCCUUCUACCCUGCCACAACAGAAUCCGAUACCGCCGCAAACGUUUCCUGCUUGACGAGGAAUGGAUUGUUCCAAACCUACUUUCUCGUGGCGCGUGCGUCUGUGCUGGAUGCGAUGACCUCGUUGCAUUUCGUGAAAGGGAUUAUGAUGUCGAUGCGUGGGUGAGACAUCGCGAUAGAUGUAGUGGCAUAGAGAAGCGCAUGAUGGCUGCCGUAGUCAAGGAUCUGAAUGUUCCUCGAUCUCCUGGAGAACGAGGUCCUGGGGAGAUUAAAGGUACAUCGUUAAGGGCCGUUCGGGACUUUGAGGACGAUGAACAAUGGGAGCCGUUUGGGGGUGGAUCGUCAGACGAAGGUGCCGAUGAUGAGAAUGAUGAGAACGAGCACGAGCACGAGGAAUAUGAGGACGAGGAGGAUGAGGAGGAUGAGGAUGAGGAGGAUGAGGAUGAGGAUGAGGACGAGGGUGACGAGGGUGAGCACGAUGAAGAGGACGAUAACGACGAAGACCAGGAUUGUCGAGAUGGGUGUCCCGGGGCUGAUUCCUCGCGUGAGGGCCCGUUUGUAGUGUUGAAAGCCGGUACUUAUCCCCGUCUAAGAAAACCAGAUACAGGGGUUUCCGUAGCAUGUUAAGUAGCACUAAGGUGUCGCUGACAAACCAGACCAUGAUCGAGGUGCGCACAUCCAAUGAAUCCCGCUGUAUUGUGUAGGUAGCGUAUUAUCAGGACCUGAUUCGUAUAACUACAAAGUGGUGUACUAGUUACAAGAACAAUCUGACACAAAAGACACAAAAAUUCUAUCAUCUACGUAUCCAUCUCUUCUGCUCUGGGACAAUAUUGUUGAAGGAUGUCCGUCUUGUAUACCCGUAUGCUUAUUGUUCAACCGUCUUCCGUUCUUACUUACCUUAUAUACUUACGUGCCUCCCGUCCUUUCUGAUCACCGUAUAUAUUCUAG